AGCUGAGGACGUGGAGGAGGAUGAUGGUGAUGUCGGCCGUAAAAACGGUUUUCUAACGCUAAAUAAAUUUAAUAGCCUCCUCCUCCUCACCAGACCGGGUACCCAUGGAGGGCCAGGGCCAGCUCAUCGCCUUUCUGAAGAGGCUGAAGGAGGUUUUCGAUGUUUGUGACGAGGAUGCUGACGGCUUCAUCCGGGUGGAGCACCUGGUGGACCUCGGGCUUCAGUUCGGUCAAGGAGACGAGGUGAAGAAGUUGACCCGAUACCUCGAUCCGAAUGCUCAUGGAAAGAUCAACUUCAAAGAUUUUUGCCAUGGAGUACUCGCCAUCAAAGGCUGCGAGGGGAUCCUAAAAAUGAACGUGAGUCCUCGUGGCAUUCAGCCUUCCAACCAGCCGUCUGUUACUGACAACGGUUACAUCUACCAGAUUUUCUCCACAUCAGAUACUUCUACUGAGCUGUGGUGCUAUUCUGUUUCUAACGGCGAGGCCAAGCUGGCUCCUCCUAUCAUCAUGUGUACGAGGUCGUACCCAGAACACAGUGCGUUCAGCGAAGGUGGCGCCACUGAUGGAGAGGUUGACAUGGACAGCAGCACUGAAAACGCCAACAGCUCCGAUCCAGCUCAGCAAACCAGCCGACUGAGUGGCUCUGCGUCUGCAUCCGUGAUCUCCAGAGAAGAACAGUUUGAGGACUAUGGCGAGGGAGAGGACGUUGACUUUACUCCCAGCAGCCCUUGUCCCGAAGAAGACUCCAGAACAAACGGCUUCUCCGACCUCGGGUCCUCCCUCCCCUCCAGUGCCGGGCAGACUCCUCAGAAGAUGCGUCAGCUGUAUAACAGUGAGCUGUUGGACAUUUACUGCUCUCAGUGCUGUAAGAAGGUGAAUCUGCUGAAUGACCUCGAGGCUCGACUACGAAACCUGAAGGCCAACAGCCCAAACAGAAAGAUCUCCAGCACUGCAUUUGGACGCCAGCUGUUUCAGGCCAACCACAGCUUGUUCGGCUCAAGUCAAGGCAGCAGCACCGAGGAUCUGUUCGCCGACAGCAUCGACUCCUGCGACCUCGACAUCACAGAAAAAGUGAGUUACCUGGAGAAGAAGGUGACGGAGUUGGAGGGUGACAGUUUGGCGAACAGCGACCUCAAAUCUAAACUCAAACAGGAGAACACACAGCUGGUACACAGGGUCCACGAGCUGGAGGAGCAGGUGAAGGAUGCCGAGACGAGGGCGAGCCAGACGCUGGAGGAGGAGACGAAGAGACACCGAGAAGUGUUCACGAAGAUGGAGAGAGACCGAAACACUGAGAUAGACCUGCUCUGCAACAGGAUACAGCUGCUAGAGGAAGAAAACGGAGAGAUGAAGUUAAACGUGUGCAGACUCAAGUCUCAGACAGAAAAGCUUGACCAGGAGAAGCAGAAGAUGACGGAUAAGCUGGAGGACACGAGUCUGAGGCUGAAGGACGAGAUGGAUCUGUACAGGAAGAUCAUGGACAAGCUUUGGCAGAACCGCCAUGAGUUUCAGAAGGAGAAAGAGAACAUGCAGGAGCUGAUCGAUGACCUGAAGAGGGAGCUGGACUACCUGCAGUGUUUUAAGCUGGAGAUGGAGCAUCCUGGGAAAGGGAAGGGUCUGUCAGAGCUGAAUGCUCGGACCAGAGAGAUCGAGAUGGAGCAUGAAGUCAAAAGACUCAAACAGGAGAACCACAAGCUGCGAGACCAGAACGACGACCUGAAUGCUCAGAUUCUCAGUCUGAGUUUGUACGAGGCCAAAAACCUUUUCUCCUGUCAGACCAAGGCUCAGUGCCUUGCUGCUGAGAUCGACAAUGCAUCCCGGGACGAGCUGGUGGAUGCUCUGAAGGAGCAGGAGGAGAUCAACCUGCGUCUGAGACAGUACAUGGACAAAAUCAUCCUCGCCAUCCUCGACCACAACCCGUCCAUCCUGGAGAUCAAGAGCUAAACACCACACAGAUACACAAACACCACCGACCAUGUGAUGCUGUAGUAGUGGGAUCUUUCAUUUCACAAACAUUAGCUCCACAUUUAUGGUUAUAAUCCAGAAGAUUUCAGUCCUGAAAUCUGUUUGGAAUGAAGAGUUUCACACUACAUGACCCAGAAUGCUUUGGGCUGGAGGGACAUGUGCAGCUGAAAAACAGCUGGAGAAUCAUAUUUUAAAAUAAAGAAGUUCAAUAAUCCAUGCAGCAAGCAUAGGCAGACUGACAUCUUUGCAGGAAAUCACUCAUCUUUAUGGAAAGUUGCCACAAAAGGCAGAAACUUAAAGUUUCUUUCGACUUAAUUCUACUAAAAACAGUCAUCCUAAUAAAAAGCAUUCAUAUUUCUUUGAAUCAGUGAGAAUCCAGUUCUAAGUAUUCAGUCUGGAAAAAGUGUAAUCAUGGUAUAUAAUGUCAACAGUUUACCUUUAAAAAUCAAGUGUAAAUCCUGAGGAGCAUAACUUAUGGUAAAGGAAUAUGAAGGUCAUUAAUAGUGAAAAUAAACGCCAUGUCUGCUGCUGAAAAACUUAAAAAAGUGUUUAAACCUGUGGUAAAUCAUCUGGAUUAUAACUUAAAAAUGGAGCAUAAAUCAUGAAUGUUUAAAUGUUUUCACUGUUCAUGACUUUAAAUGUCACACAAACAUGUACUCAUAUGCAAACGCACACCUGAUGCACACCUGCAGAUCACGAUUAUUGGUGAAAAACGGUUUAAUUUAUCCACAGUCAGGAAGAUUUGGAUUUGAUGAGUUUAAUAAAAAAUACUCCCUUUAUUUCUUUAAAAAAAAAAAGAAUGAACUGACUCUCUCUUCCUCCGUAUUCAGCCUCUAACCCUUUAAUUUACCUGAAUGUCCUCAUGAUUUUAAACAGCCAUGUGAUGAAAGUCGACACUGAAAUCAGUGAAUAUGUCUGAGAGCCUUUAAAGGACAAUCCAGAGCUGUAACACAAACCUUUACCACCGUGGAUUUAAUGUGCCAAAAUCAAACGUAAUGUGCCAAAUCUGAUUUUUUUCAUUGUUUUCUAACAGGUAAAAAUGUUAAAGUAAUUUUCCAGAGUUUGAUAUUUGCUUCUGGAGUCACAAAGAAAUCCUCCAUCAUGGAGGUUUUUAACCCGAGCCGAUCGGCUUUAUUCUGCAGCAGAAUUUAAACCGUUUCUCCUGCUUUUGAUCACAACAGUGACUUGAUAUAAACCUGUUUACUACAAACUCCUAAAACCGAUGGAGACGGGUUAAAGUGGCCGUUUCUGUAGGUUUUACUCCUUGAAGACCGUUGAUGAAGGUUGGUGUCAAAUGUUUAUGAAAGAGGCAGCAAACAGACAGGGAUGUAAAACAGAAGACUGCAAACAUGAUUUUAAAAAAACGGACUGUGUUUAAGUGAAGGCUCCUUUUACCUGUUCAAACCUUUUACCUGAAUUAGAAAUAGAGAAAUUAAAGUAUUUAAAGAAUCGCUGAGGUCAAUCCAUCCACUGAUUUAGAGAUAAACUCGCUGCCUUGAACAUGAGAGGAACAUUACUCUACCUGUUCUUUAGUCUCACUUUUAAUGUGAAUAUUUAACUUUUUCACUUGAAUUUACACCGUCAGUGUGACGUAUGGAAGCUAGGUGAACACGGUGAAAGCUGAUGCACAGAUAUGACAGUAAAAAGAGCGCUGUAGUGCUGCGUUUCCUCCGGGACGUCCAGUUCAGUUCUCUGAUCUUUCUUGUGUUUCCAUGGCUGAUAUCCAUCCAGUGAUGCUUGUACUGAUGGGGACUGCUGUGUUUUCUUAGGCUACGUUAACACUGCAGUUAAAAGUGACCUGAAUCUGAUUUUUUGCUCACAUGUCACUCGUAUCAGAUUUUUUUCUGACAGUGUGAACAGUUCAAGUCACAUUGAAUAUGACCUUUUCAUAUCAGAAUCAGGCCACUUUCGAAUGUGGUUCUAAAUCAGAUACAUAGCUGAUCUUUUGGGAGUUGAUUGCAGUGUGAACAGGCAAACAAAAAAAUCAGACCUGAGCAAAGAUCAGAAUUGAGCAUUAAGACCUGCAGUGUGAACGUAGCCUUAGAGAUCCUGACCCUGGGCCGGUGUUUUGGCUUCUAAAGUCAUAAUAUUCUUGGGAAAAGACAAAGCUAGCCUUCUGUUCUGGACUCUUGAGACUCUCUUCGUUGUUUCCGCCUCUCACCCGGUCUGCUGGCUAGAACUCAUCUAGAACCGUCAUGGCCUUUAUUACCCAGGAUCCCACAGGGCUGAUGCGCUAAAUUCUUCAUCACUGUGAAUUUGAAAUGGUGUUUCUGAAAACGAGGGAGAGAAGCCGUUCGUCUCCGUGAAGUUUUUCCAUUAUUAUCACUGCUGCACAGGAAGUGACGACGCUUUGGACCAAUCAGCUGACUGCAGUGAGUCUUCUCUGCCCUUUAGCAUCACAUUGAGUGCCAAAAAACCUAGGACGGCUACCUUAUAAUGUGGUAACUGUACCUACCUGAACUGGACCGUUUGGUGGAAACGCAGCACGUUUGAAAAUGUUUGCUUCAUUGCACUAAAAGUUCACAUGUUGAUGUUUUGAUUUGCUUGUUUUUUCACGUUCUUUACAUUUUGCACAUUAGUAUAAAAGUCUGAUUUUGCAUCGUUUACAUUGUGAUAUUUUUUAUAUUGACAUUUUCACUCUCUGACAUGGUGUUUGUGAUUUUUGUAAAUGUUGUACAGAAUCGAUUCAAGUGCAAUCAUUUCACCUAUUUAAACGUCUGUCUGAGCGUUUUGACACAAAAUAAAAAAAUGUAGAUUGUAAUCGGUAUUAUCACACUGAAAGUGUCUUAGCCAAAGUAUUUACAUGGAAAUAUUAUCAGUCAUUUUAAAAGUAUAUUUGGCUCACAUGUUCACGUUAUUUAUUUGACCUGUGUCCUGCACAUUAAACUAUGGGUGACCAAACUAAAUGUGUAAAUAAAAAUCACUCGCUUCGGCAUGAA